AUGGAAGAAAGAAUUGAGUUCCUGGUUGGCAUAAUCAAGCAGUGGACAAGCAAGUAUGCCUACAGGAUACUCGUCAAGGGGAAGGACGAAGAAAAGAGGGAGCACUACUAUAAGGUCACCUUUUACCACCAAAAUGAAAACGAGUCCAUAGCCAAAUGCACGGUGAAUGCAGCAUUCACCAUAACUGAAGUAGGACCUAUUGGAAUGAACAGCUUUGGAGGGGAGACCCCAAUUGGCGACAAAUAUUUCGUGACGUUCAAAUUUGAAAAUGAAAGUUUAGUAAGGACGGUGGACAUGGGUCUAAAUUUCGAGGCCUGGAUUGACAAGCUUAUCAAGGAUAAAGAGAAACUUAGGAACAAUCUUGACCUCUCAUCCGAGUUCAUGCGAACUAGGUUUAUUAAACCCGCCGAUGAGAAGAGCAUCGAGGCCAUUCUGCAAAAAAUCAAAGACGAACAUGAAGCGGCUCGAAGGAGAAAGGAAGAAGAAAAGGAACUCCGAGAAAAAAAAAAAACAUUCGUAAAAGCUGAUAAGCUGUUGCACAAAAAGACCUUCUUUGAUGAGACCUUGGAAUUAGACAGAAUAAAUUCCAAAGCGGAUUUUAACAUAGAUCAUGGGAGUUCACAGUUAGCAAGAGGAAGCACAAAAAAUGUGGAUAAUGAAAAACUAAAUGAAGCUCUAUCCUUUUUAAAAUUCAACUUGAGCUUUUACUUCGCCGACGUGGAUAUUAAAAAGAAAGGAAAACUGAAACAGGAGCACUACGUGGAGAUACUAAAAAUGGUGAACCACAAGAUGUGCGUGAGCCACCGGCGUUUGAAGAGUCAUGCAAGGGGGGAGGAUAAGCUUGAUGCAGACGAGGAGUUACCCUCGGACAGCUACCUGUUUUACGAGUCGAAUGACGAGGCGAGCACCAGCACGGACGAUAGUUCCAGUGGAAGCAAAAAAGGGACAACUAAAAAAGACACUAGCAUAAAUGAUAAGAAGAAAAUGGUGGACCUCUUCAACGUUAACAAUAAAGAAGUAGACCUGAUCAAAGAUAUUAGCAUUUACAAAAAUAACAUGUUCAAUGGAACUAACAUUUUUUAUGAUUUCGAAAGCAUCCCAAGGAAUUGUGAAUUUUUCCUCUUCGACCAAGACAAUGAAUUUUACCCCUAUAUUUACACUGAUAAUUAUUACGAUUUUUUAUUGUAUAUAUCUUUUGCUGAUGAAGAGGACAAUGGAUAUGUGUGCUACAAUAAUUACUUACAUGCCAUCCCCACAUACUUAUAUGAGCUGAAAAGGAAUCGGGAGCACUUUGAAAGCAUCCCCUUGGACAACUUGCUGCUGUAUAAGCAGCUAAUAUUUGCAUGUUACGAGAACGAAUUGAAUUUCAUGUAUGAAACAUUUUUACAGGACUUCAGAAAAUAUGAUUUGUCAGACAGUGGGUUUAUCCACCGCUCCCAGUUGAAAAAAGUGCUGCUGAAAAACGAACAUAUUAUGUCCAGGCAGGAGUACAAACUGCUUCUACGCGUUUUCUCCUACAACGAUGAUAAUUAUGUGUACUACAGGAACGUGCGCGAGGUGGUGCUGCGCCUCAGAUUUGAGGGUAUCCGAAACAGCAUUUUCGAGCGGAACGCGAAGAUGCUCCAGAAGUAUUUGUGUGAAGAAUUAGUCAAACACAACCUCAAGGGCAAAAAGAAGAUACACAUAUUUGACUGCAAAAAUGUUCUGGACUCUUGCAGCAAACUCUACCUAAAUAAAAACAUCAUACACAUCAUUUUGUCCUCACUCAACUUUGACCAGAACUUAGAAUUAGACGUGGUUACUUUUUUAAGAGUCUCCAUCACUAUCAUUAUUAACAGCAUAAAGUUGGAUACGAUACAAAAGAUAUACAACUCGAUCAACGACGACAAGCAGAAGAAGGAAGAGUUUAAAAAGGACUCCGGGGGAAGUUACAAGGGAAAAGGCUCCUCCAAAAAAACGGAAAAGACGAACAUCCCCGCGCUGGAGCUAGUUGAGAGGACCCUAACCAAGCUGUUCAAAGUGCUGGAUGAAAAGAACGAAGAUCAUCUAAAAAUAAUUGACUUCAUCGAAACGCUACUGGAAUCCAAUCAGAAAAAAAAAAUUAUUGACAUCAAGGAAAUAUGCAAGUUGAGCAAAAAUGAGUUGCAAGGAUUUGUAGCAGAGAUAGACACGGACACCAAGGGGGGAAGCUAUCCAAGGGAUCAAAUUAAAGACAACAGAAAUUUUGACUUUUACAAAAAUAAAAAAAUUCAUUAUUCAUCGCAUAUCCACAAAUGGUGCUCCAAAACGUAUCAAAUAAGGUCGUGCAAAUAUUAUAGCUAUUUUUUUAACUAUCCUGACGAUUUAAUUGAGAUAGAUGACGAAUUGAACAAGGAGUUGCUCUUUUGUGAAGAGGAGAAGGAAUAG